ACUGAGCUGAAUUGUGUGUGUCGCGGUUUCUUUGUUAUUAGAAUGUGUCUUGUUACACAGCUCCGUCAUAAUAUUUGGUUAGUAUUAUUCACCAAUUCUAUCCCUCUCGCCACUUUAAUCAGCUUUAAUGACCUAGAAGUAACUCAAAAUUCUGAGAAUUAUGUCUUACUUCCUCUGCUAAACGUCCUGGCCAACAAUAAUGGUUGGGAUUACCAAGGUCCUACAAAACCGGAUGUUAGUUAUCUAAAAUAUAUGAAAAAACUCUACGCCGUGUCCGCGACGCAAGAUGGAAUACCUAGACGACCCACGGAUCAUCCCUACAACACCGUGAGGUUGUUGACACCGCGGGCUCAAUCCCGUUCCACACAAGAAGUAUUUGAACAGGAUGUCCUCUACGGCUUGGGGCCCGUCACUUCUCGGGAACAGCUACUCCGAUCUGUGCUGCUGUACUCGGUCACCAAAUCGGCGGACUUCCCCAUCCUGUGCUCCUGCAACCUCACCGUUAGGGACCCCCAGCCCUAUUCCGCCCAGAUGUGCUCCGACACCCUCCGCUCGCACAACUUCCGCAUACGGUUCGAGCGCAGGGAGAGGCACAGGUGGGUUGAGGUGGAUCUGGCCUCCUUCCUCCAGCCGUUCAUCGGGCCACACCGGGGCAACCUUCACAUCGUCUUCAGUUACAAGUGCACCAGAGCGGGCCAGCCGCACGACAACCGCACGGGGGUUUCGGACAAGGCGCUGAAACUGACCCUGGUGCCUCCCUCCCUGCUUCUGUUUCUCAAUGACACCCGGGUGCGGACUCGCCAAAGCUGGCUCCCGGUGGAACUGGGCAGGCAAUCGCGGAUGGGCCGAGUGGAGAGACUGAAGAGCCUUUCCAGUGGGAACGGGGUCCGGGGCGGCAGGUCCAGCCGCCGCCGCAGGGGUCCCAAAGGUGACGGCGAAGGGCUGGCUCAGCCGCUGCCGGCUCGCCGCUAUCCCCGCCUCCAGUACCCCGAUCAAGAAUGCCAGCUGCACGAUUUCCGACUGUCUUUCAGUCAACUUCGGUGGGACCGCUGGAUUAUAGCGCCCCACAACUACAACCCACGUUACUGCAAAGGUGGCUGCCCACGGGCGCUCGGCCAUCGCUACGGAUCUCCCGUGCAUACCUUGAUCCAGAACAUCCUCUACGAAAAAGUGGACUCGGCAGUUCCUCGCCCCUCCUGUGUCCCCUCGAAAUAUAAUCCGCUGAGCGUGCUAACGCUGGAGAGCGAUGGCUCCAUCGUGUACAAAGAGUACGAGGAUAUGAUCGCCACCACAUGCACCUGCCGCUAGUGGGAGAUGUCCUGAUAUUUCUUUGCAUCUGAACUUUGGGAUGGUCUAGAAGGGGGGGAAAAAAAGCCACUGCUUGCGAAGCCAAGAAAAUCUCCAUGUGUACUUUUUUAAGUUGUCAUUUAAUGAACGUUGACGUGUGAAAGAAAAUCGUGGAGUACAACUCCCUAUCGGCUAAGUGUGGAUGUGACUUCAUGUUUUUUUUGAGGUCUGAGCGUAAUGCAGCAGGUUUUAAUGUUUACAUUUAAGCUGUGUUGAAUGCGGAGGCAACGUGCCGAAAUGACAUUUUGUUUUCUUGGCCGUACAAGCAUGAGGUUUUGUACACUAAGCCCACAAUUGCUCCCUUCCCAAAUUGAGUAACCUUUUAAGAAUCACCAUACGCCAGUUUAACUCGGGUGGGCUGCCAAUAUUUAUUCGAAGUUCCAAUUCAAUGAAUGAAAUGCUGAUAAUGAGCUUUAAAGAUGUACGAACUACAUAAUGUGCGCACAAUGGACAGCAGUGAAGUUAAGUGCUCACACUUGGGCUGCAAUUCCAUUCACCUGAAAAUGGGGAAUGAUUUGGGAGACUACUCCACUGGUGGAAAUUCUUACAUUGCUACAAGAGAACUUUUAAAACCAUGUUUUUAACAUGCAUAGAGUGAGUGAAUUUUGUUUUUGCACAGUUGUGACGUGUGGUACAAACCCUGGUGGUAUAUGGUGAAGUUGCUUAAGUGUAUGAAAUCUUUUGAAGAAAGACUGAUCCUGCUUGGAGGGCAAAGGAAAUAAAUAACGAUGGCAAAUGA